AAACUUGAAGCGUUCGCUUUAGGUUGGAGAUUCGCGCACUGCCUCACACAAAUGUCUCUUAAAACGUUUUGUACGAUAGUUAGCAACUAAUAACACAGAUAAAUCAGGUGUAAAACGAAGAAGUUGGUUAACAACAUAUAAGGUGAAGAUGGAACCUUUGGAUCCAGGGAAGAAUGUUGAGGACAGCGGACUUUCCAAACGACGCAUAUCUUCUAUUUUAAAAGCACCACGGAAAUCAUUGGUAUUCUGUGAGUCGGAGCAGCAGGAAAAUGAGGUGGAAAGUGUCAAACCGGUUGAAAAGAGGAAAUCGAGAAGAGUCAGUUUUGCUCCAGCCAAUGAUGUUCUCCUGUUUGCUAAAGAUGCCAAGAAUGUUUCCCCUGCACGCUGUCCUCUUCAAGAGCUAUUGGGAUCAGCCACUGCAACAACACAAAAUAGGGUUGAUGUGGCAACUGAGGACACAAGCCCACAGAUCAUGGGUAUAGAAACCCUGCUGAAUGCUCCUCUGCAUGCUUCUCAACAACGAAUAAUGGUCCACUUUGACAGUGGGAAUGACUUUGGGGAGAAAACAGUCGUGUUUUCUACAGACGAUGCAGUCAUGGACAUCACUCACAGUCACACCAUAAACAUCAACAUGGAUGCAGAGCUGCUUGAAGAUUCAUCCCAUCAAAUCUACAAUCUUUUACCCUCAGAGGGAGAUGGCAACGUAACUGAUGUGUUCACAGAUGUGCCUCCCAGUCAUUCCAUACAAGCAACAAAUCUGUCAUCAUUAUUGACUGAUAAAAAAGUGGAUUCAAGUUUGGAAAGGAGAACCAUUUCCACUACUUUGCCUCUUUUAGAUCCUGGUUUUAAAAACUUCCUCUCAAGCCUCUCCACACCAAGUGCCCCCAGCACCAAUACUGUUCUCACUGGGAUGAAACUUUUAACUGGAUCAUCCUCUGAUGAAACAAAAUCCCCCUUGGGUCAAAGUGAAACCCAAAGCUCAUAUGUUGACAAAGAAAAUCAAGUGCCAAAACCUCUAAGCAGCAGGAAAACUGGAGAGGCCUUACGUGGAAGUGCUUCCGGUCCAGAAUAUGAUGUGAGCAUGGACAUGACCAAAGCCCAGACUGGUUGUAUUCUGGCGGCAGAUGAUGAUGAUGACGAUCCUUUUCAGUGUCUCUUUCCAACUCAAGAGAUGUACGAAAAGUUUGAAAGAAGAGCCCCACAAGCCAGAGAAAUGAAAAAGCAGCAGAGCUGUAAAAGCUUAGAGUUAAACAACCUAAAAGCCAGGAAAUCUUUGGUAAACCCUUCUGUACUGACCCCUCAUGACAGCAAUAAGGUUCACUCAGUUUUAAAAACUGACUGCACAGAGAAAACAGUUGUCUUUACUGCAGAUGAGUUUAUGGACAUCACUCAGAGUCACACUGGAAACAUCACCAGCAGCUCAUUAGCACAUCCGCUAAUGUCAGCAAAUAGUUUGCGAUUUACUGAAUUACCUGCAAGUCUUUCCAAAACGAGUCAGUCCGGUGAAAAUCCUGAGAAUCCCAGAAUUCAGCCCAUCACUGCUCCAUCCUCCAAGCAAACCGUUGACUUCAACCGCUCCUUGUCGCAGCACAACAUGCCAAGGAAUGACACUGAUCAAGAGAACUGCCCUCACAGUACAAACAGGAGUUGUAGAGAACAGUCUUCAGUUAUCAAUCCCGAAGGCAACAUAAGCAUGGAUAUGACCGAAGUUCAAACAGGGCGCAUCAGUGGAGUUCCAGGAUCUGAUGAUCCUUUUCACUUCCUGUUUCCCUCAGAAGAAAUUCAGCCUCUCAGCAAAAGUCAGAAGAAGGAAGUUUUCCUUUUGGGACAGCAAAACAUUGAAGGACCACAAUCAUCUGACCAUAAAGGUCUGGAAACCUCAUCAAAGCUGUCUUUGAACAUGCAGCUACAAAGGCAUCAGGAGAAAGUUGUGCCUGCAUAUGACUACAGAGAAAAAACGUUGAGGUUUUCAGCUGAUGAUGCCUGUUUGGAUGUGACGCAGAGUCACACUGUAUGCAUCGCCACUAUCAACAUGGAUUCCCACCAAAACAUUAACGUGUCACCCACAUGUGGGGAGAAAACUGUGCGGUUCGCUGCAGAUGACGGCGCAAUGGAUAUGACCGAGUGCCUCACCAUGAAUAUACCCUCCAAUUUAGCACCUGAUUUAAUCACUUCUGUCAGGAAACGAGAUGAUCCACUCGAAAACAAAUUUUUAUCCUCACGCAGUUUGGAUCCAGCCCAAGAUAAUCUCUUGACAAAUUUCUUAACACCAAACGACUGCGAUGCUGAUCCCAUGGUUGCAAGAAUGACAGCUACUGCUGCUGCAGAAUCAUCUGACGGAUUUACAGUUUAUCAGGAAGAUGACAUGGAUAUAACUGAAGCUCAGACAAGCUGCAUUUUGGGAGAUGAAGUGAGCAUGAAUCUGACCGGAGUUCAGACCGGCCGAAUGGUAGUAAUACCACAAAAGCAGGAGACCCUUCAGGCUGUUUCACCCACUGAAGCAAUGCACGGUCAAAGUGUUCAUGGAAAGAUGGAAGGAAUGAAGCAUCAGCAAUGUAAUGAAGCUUUUGGUGCAUCAAAUUAUGCAGGUCCAUAUCCUUCGAUGAAGACCUCUUUGAAGACAAUGAUGCAAAGAAAUCUGGUUGGGUUUAAUUCCAACGAUGACUGCAGGGAGAGAACAGUGAGAUUUGCUGCUGAUGAUGGCUGCAUGGAUGUUACUCAGUGUAACACGGUGAACAUUAGCAGUGAUUUACCACUUAACCCCCAGUUUAACGUGGCUUUACCUGGAAAUGAAGAGAGAACAGUGAGGGUCAAUGCAAAUGAUGCAGCAAUAGGUCUUGCAAGAAGUCACACUGUGGAUAUUGCAGAUGAUUUAAAUGUGCUUAUACAUAAAAAAGUGGACUUAUUACCUGCUGAUGGUGAGAGAACACUGAGGUUCAGUGCAGAUGGUGCUGAAAUGGAUAUGACCAAAAGCCACACAGUAAAUAUUGGGGAUUUGCCUCUGCAGUUUUUCCCAAAUAUGGUCAUGCCUUCAAAUGGCGAGAAGACAGUGAGGUUUGGUACAAAUGAUGCCGCAAUGGACAUGACAAGAAGUCACACUGUGAAGAUUUCCAGCGAUUUAAAAAUGCUGUCACACCAAAACGAGAACCUGUUACCUGCUAGUGGGGAGAAGACAUUGAGGUUCACAUCAAAUGAUGCCACCAUGGAUGAGACCAGAAGUCACACCGUAAACAUCGCACAUGAUCUAAAUCUGCUCGCACAUCAUAAGGUGGACGUAUUACCUGCUGAUGGUGAGAGAACACUGAGGUUCAGUGCAGAUGGUGCUGAAAUGGAUAUGACCAAAAGCCACACAGUACAAAUUAGGGAUUUGCCUCUGCAGUUUUUACCAAAUAUGGUCAUGCCUUCAAAUGGCGAGAAGACAGUGAGGUUCACAUCAAAUGAUGCCACCAUGGACAUGACAAGAAGUCACACUGUGAAGAUUUCCAGCGAUUUAAAAAUGCUGUCACACCAAAACGAGAACCUGUUACCUGCUAGUGGGGAGAAGACAUUGAGGUUCACAUCAAAUGAUGCCACCAUGGAUGAGACCAGAAGUCACACCGUAAGCAUUGCACAUGAUCUAAAUCUGCUCGCACAUCAUAAGGUGGACGUAUUACCUGCUGAUAGUGAGAGAGCUGUAAGGUUUGGUGUCGAUGAGGCAGAAAUGGAUGUGACAAAAAAUCUGACUGUGAAGAUUCCUGCAAAUGCAGGCCAAAUUGUCAAUUUGCCAGCUACUAAAGAGAAUCAGGCAUGGCUCACAACAAAUGAUACUACUAUGGAUGUGACACGAAGCCACACUGUAAGCAUUUUCACUGAUUUUGACCAAGAGUCGAACCAGAUUAAGGACUCAUUACCCGCCAACACAGAGGGGAUAAACAACGCCCUUGUGGAUAAGACAGGAAGUGACACCGAAAGCAUUUUGAAGAAUUAUAAACUAGUGCCUCAUCACAAUGUUGAAUUUUUGCCCACAUCUGGAGGCAAAACCUCAAGGUUCACAACCAAUGAUGCAACUAUGGAUAUGACCCACUUCCUUAGUGUAAAAAUUGUCAGUGAUCAACUAUUAAACUCUGUUAUAUCAGACCAAAACACUCCGUCCAUGCAUGAGAACAUGAACAAUACCCUUGCUUUGAAAGAGACAGACGGGAACUGUGUUCUGGAUUCAAAUCCAUCUUUAUCUGCACAAUCCGAGCAUGCCGCCUUAAACAACUCCCUGUUUCAGAAAAGCUGCAGCCAGGGCAAUCUCAAAGGGGACGCAUCAUUAUGUCCAGACUCAAAUUAUUCUUGCCUCAAAACAAAGGAACCUGACACAGAUGUUCGAAAUGAAUCUCCAAGCUUGGUUUCAGAUGACAUUGGCAAGCUAAUAAAUAAAACCAACACUGAGGAAAUCUCUGCAAGUAUGGACAUGAGUGAGGAUCAAACUGAACGUUUGGCAUCAAGUACAGAUAAUCCACCUCAAGGUGUUUCUUCAAAACAAGACCCUCAUUCAAAAAGUUUCAAGGAAUCUGACUUGACUUUACAGAGCAGUGAAGCACUGGGGUCAUCUGUGUCUGAUGAACUAGAGAACACAAAAGAGUAUCAACCUAAAGCAGAAACGCAAGCUGCAUCACAGAAGAUGGAAGGCUCACCCAGUACUGCAGAUCAAAAUACUGAUGUGCUGCCUUCACAGUUCUGCAGACAAAGGACAUUAACCAAUCUCCAGUCAAAACUCAGGCGUUUGAGCCACUUGAUAAAUGUAGCCGCUGCUGAUACUGCCAUGGAAAGCUGCACAGCGCCAUUGCCUCAUGUGGAAUCCGAUCUGGACAAAAACUCCAAUGGCAAAACCUCAUCCCCGUCUGGAGUAAAGCCAGUGCUUGGAAUGGGCUUAGGAAAUGAUACCAAUGAUACAGAAGCCCAAAAUCCUACAAAAGCGGAACUGCCCUCUGUUGGAAUCAGUACACCUCCUUUCAGCUUAAAACCAAAACAGCUUAAGUCAAGGCUUUCAGUGAUAGGUUUUAAACCCAAACUCCCCAAAAGAAAUAAUGCAGAUGAGUUGAAGAAGUCUGUUUUUGAAGGAGAACCUACAAAGACAUUCACUGUCAGUGUUACCAAUCAACUGAGCAGAUUUGACCAAAUCAGGGAUAUUCACGAUGAAGAGCUGGUUGACUGCGAAGAUUUUUCAGAAACAAUAGACACCAUGACUCCUGAAAAGAUCCCUGGAAAGGAGCGCACUUCCAAUCAGUUCUCCACACCCCAGCUUUUAGAGGAUGAUGAGUUUUUGGGAGAUUUCAUGUUCUGCAGCCCGACACAUAAGAGGUCUCUGCCGGAAAAUGAAGACGAUCGGGAGGAUGAGAAGAGACAGAAGAUGUGCACAGAGUUCGCUGAAACGGCCUUGCAGCCUGAUGAUGACUGUGACAGCAACACCGCUACAACUCGUACACAGACCAUUGUUUCCUCCAACAGGCACCACACAGGCACCACAUGUGAAAAAAAACUUGAAGACGGCACAAUUACAGUUUUGGAGUUCUUCAAUCUCUUCAGCAUAGAUUUUGUUAUCCAUAAUCCUCGGCACAGUGUCCUUCCUGGCAGACUUUUGGCCGACACAGAUACGACACCACUGGAUUUACUGAAAGACAAAUAUAUAAGCCGUCCUAAACAGACGGUCUAUGAGAAAGACGUUCAGACCCUCACAGAACAAAUGGAAGGGCGGAAGUAUCGGAUGCAAGAUUUAAACAAACCUCUAAAGACUGUAAAUAGAUCUGUGUGGGAAGAAGUGAAGCACUUCACAGAGAAAGAGCUCAAGUCCUUUGGGGCUAAGCUAAAGGAGAGAAACAACUUCUUCAGAAAAAAAAGCAAAGUUCAGAGUCAUGAAAUGAAGGAGGUGCUCUACGGAAAUCUUGUUCUAACUAAUCUGGAGGAACAGCAGAAGUUGAUGGGAACAAUCGAUCAGGCAGAUGAGAUGAUUCAAAGUCUGGACGGCUGUAUUGGUGAAUUAGAAGCAGAGCUCGAUGCAGUUGAGGAAAAAGGCGCUGAAGACACGCCAGGUCUAAAAUCACUACAGGAAGAAAUGUCAAAGGUCACUGCAACUUUAGCUGACAAUAACAGACAAAUAUCUGAACUGGAUUUGGGGAAAAAGAAGAAUUCAAGUGAUCUAAACAGACUGAUAGCUGAAACGAGGAACUUGCAAAGCCACAUUGACAUGCUGAUGACGGUGAAUGAAUGGAGGCUUGAAGAGAAAGAUGACGAAAACAAGGACAACUGUUCAGUCUACACAUUCCUUCAUAGGACCUUGUUCCUGUGGCUGGUCUAUGAAAAGACCAAUGGAAAUGAUGCUGACAGCAGAUCUGGGAAGAAAAUAACAACCAUCAGCUUCAAAUUUAAUCUCAAUGAUGGGAAAUCACAGUCUCAUGCCAGCCUUGUUCAUAAACUAGUCUCCCAGUACAUUGAGGGAGAGGCCAGCUGGGUGGAGAAAUACCCCACAAUUAGACACGUUCCACAGCUUCUCCAUGACGUCAGCUUGGUGGUGAGCCGCUGCCGCCUUGUUGGAGAGGAGUUGCGUCUGCUGAAAAUGUGGGGCGGUCUUCGGUUUGAUAUCCUUGAUAUCAGCUGCUCAGAGACCCAAGUACACGUUGUGUUCAGCAGUCUCAAGAAAUGUUGCAAGUUUGAGGUAGUCUUCACUGCCAGGUUGACCAACCAGCUCUGCGUCUUCCAUGUGCAAAGCUUUAAAAACCUGAUCGGAAGCACAACGAUCCAACAGAUCGAGGACAUCGUGGCUUCACUGAGUCCAGGAAAGAACCUGUUUACGAAGAUCAUCAAGAAGCUUCAUGGAACUCUGCUUUCCUAACAUCAGAACGUCCACAGUCACAUUUAGAUCCCAGGUUUUUGUAAUCAAACAUUGUACAUGUAAAUAUUACAGAUAAAAUAAAUCAAUUAUAAAUAUUCUGUGCUUAUUUCCUUUCAGGUUUUCCCACAUUAUUAAAACAGUCAGAACUGCGUUUCUCUCUGAAAUGCAUCUACAUUAGUGAACAAAGCACUGUGCAAUUUGUUUAAAAAUUAUAUAAAAUUCAACAUAAGCAAUGUAAAACAUUAUAUUUGUUAACAGUAGCAUUUGAAACCUGUAAGAAAAUUGUUUAUUUUUCAUUAAAUAAGCCAACAAAACUAAAUAAAGACUUAUCCUGAUAAAAUCUGA